AUGGCUGAGCAGAUCACACACAAGAAAGGCUUGAAACGGCUAGACAAGGAUAAGCGGUUGUUACUGAAGCAGUAUUACCAACUGGAUGAUGCAACCAAGCAGACAGCAGAACAGAGUACGCCAACCAGUAGUAGCGAGACCAAAGAUGCGGGAGAAGCGGAGGGUGGAGCCGGCGACAUGGCUGUCGAGGUUCCGGAGAAGUUGGCAGAAAGCACUUUGGACCAGCUGCUACAAGCGCACAAUCUGCUACUGGGCCGGGAGACAGCCGCGAACAACUCCAUCAAGAACACGAUAUACGACAACUACUACGACCUGGUCAAGGUCAACCAGUUGCUGCGGGAAAUGGGGGAGUCGACGCUUGAAACACGGGUGGGGCAGCUGGCAGACAACUUGCGCCGACUGCGAAAGGACCGGUAA